UUCUCCUCAGUGGAGCGGAUGUUAUCACAACAGCUACGUACCAGGCGAGUAUUUCUGGAUUCAUUAAACACCUGGACGUGAGCAGUGAACGCGCCAGAGAGCUGCUGAUGUCUGGAGUUCAUCUCGCCAAAGAGUCCGUGGACAGAUUCGUCUCCGACACUCGUCCAGCAGGACCGAGGCGUCCGCUGGUGGCCGGCUCUGUUGGACCGUACGGGGCCUUUCUGCUCGACGGCUCCGAGUACACCGGGGAUUAUGCAGCGGAGAUGAGUGUUGAAGGUUUUAAAGUUUGGCAUCGGCCUCAGAUCGAAUGCUUAGCGGCUGCAGGAGUCGACCUCGUCGCCUUUGAGACGAUCCCGAGUCUGAAGGAGGCGCAGGCUCUGCUGGAGCUGCUCAGAGAGUUCCCCAACACCAACGCCUGGCUGUCCUUCUCCUGCAGGGAUGGGCAGCGGAUAUCAGACGGCGGUGCGUUCAAAGACGCGGUGCAGAUUGUGAACAGAUCCACGCAGCUGGUUGCCGUCGGGGUGAACUGCUGCUCCCCGGAGCUGCUGGAGCCGCUGCUGGCCUCUGCAGGAUCCCUGCGCACAGACGCCAGCUGGGUGGUGUACCCCAACAGUGGAGAGGACUGGGACUCUGAGCACGGGUGGCGAACGUCAGAGAAAGCAGUCCGCAUCCAUACCUGCUCUCAGCCACACGUGGAUGAAGCAAGGCGCCGACUGUUGAUCGGCGGUUUGCUUGCCGCCAUCGGUCCCGCCGACAUCGCAGAGUUAAGACGAGAGUUUUAA